UUAUACCUUCAAAUUACCACCAUCAACAUUCACAUCUUUCUAAUCUCAGUCGAAGGCAUGGAGAAUCCUUUACGUCUCAAGUCCUUGAAUCACAUCUCUAUUGUGUGCAGAUCAGUUGAGAAAUCUAUUGAUUUCUACCAGAAUGUUCUUGGUUUCUUUCCCAUUAGAAGGCCUAGUUUUGAUUUUGAAGGCGCAUGGCUAUUCAACUAUGGAAUUGGCAUACAUCUCCUGAAAUCUGAUGAUCCUAAUCAAAUGCCCUCCAUCAACCCGAUAAAUCCCAAGGACAACCACAUAUCCUUCCAAUGUGAGAGCAUGGCAAUAGUAGAGAGAAAACUGAAAGAGAUGAAGAUACAGUACAUGAAGGCUAGAGUAGACGAGGGCGGAAUCUCUGUGGAUCAGUUGUUUUUUCACGACCCAGAUGGUUCAAUGAUCGAGAUUUGCAACUGUGACGUCUUGCCAGUGGUUCCAUUAGCCGGAGAGGCCAUCAGAUCUUGUUCAACUCUCAAAUGCGUUUUGCAGCAACAGCAGGCAGUGAAUCGCCAAGACUUUUCUCAUUAUGCUUGAUCGAUCAUUUGGAUAUCAAAAGUGUUUGCUACUGCUAUAGAUUGACGAGAUGAAUGAAGGACAAGAUUUGGUUUA